GCGAAGGUUGACUUUUUUUGGAUUACCGCCUCGUGCCAUCCUCGUGUGUUCAACGAGGCCAGUCGAGUUUUUUUGCUAGGACAACCUCUCUUCUUCGUGCUCUAUAGCUUGCUUCUUCAUUGAUAAUGGACUCAAGGCAAUCCAAUCUUCACGACAAGCUUUUCUCAAGAGGAAGCGUCACUCCUCCCAGAGAACCCUUUCCAACCAUAACACCUCCUACUCAUAUUGAUUCCUUGUUCCAGUCAAUCACAACUCAGAAUCAUUCUGCGCCUGCGACUCCAAGCAUGAUCACUGACGAUGAUGCUUCGACCCACUCAGCUCCAGCUGUUUCAACUACUCCAGCUGAUAGGCAAAGCGCCCUCCUCUCCUUGCUAUAUCCCGCUGCUUCCUCCGUCUCUUCUCUAAGACCCCUUCAGCAGUCUCAGCAAAUCCCCUCUCCACCCGCUUCAUCUAUAAGAUCAGGUCAAUCCCCUUCAAAUAACAGCGAAACUCAAGGAAAGAUCCUCCUAGAACAGCUCAUGGGUACGGCUCCUCGUUCAAAUUUUACCGAACCCGCUCCACCACCGAUGACGACCUUGCCUCCUGCUUCCACCCCCCAGUUCCAGCCCUCUCAGCUGUCGAUGGGGCAGUCUUCCAUGGGAGACUCGUACCAUCUCAAUGAAGGUCCUUACAUCCCACAAGAACAGCCCAGGGAUACCCUUCAGCACAACCCCCCGCCGCCUCAGCAGCCCCAGCAGCUCCCACCCUCUCCUCGGAAGUCUAUGUUUGAGUUCGUUUCUCCCUUUGAUGCUCUUGACUCCACCUCCACCGUCAAGAAGAAGCCUGUCCCCGCAGGUCCUGCAAGUGCAUCCAGCACAAACGAAGACUCCUGGACCUCCGCUUCCCUCGGGUCUCUCAACGAUCCAAAGCGCAAGUCCGUCGAGAAUCUUAUGGACCAGUUGACCAGGUCCCAGCAGUCCUACCCCUCUGGACAGGCAUCCUCUCCAACCUAUGACCCUUAUAGCACCACGGACGAGUAUUCCCAGGUGGAAUCACAGCCGACCCCUCAGCAGCAACCCGUCCAACCUCGCACUAUGCCCCCACCCCCACCUCUUCCUCCCAAGCCUGGCCGUGCUUCGCCUCCUAGGGGUUCUCCCCCGAAGCCUGCUGCCCAGCAGCCGCGUCCUCAGCCACGACCUGUGGAAUCUCCUCUCGGUCAGGCUCCCAUGCCGCCUGCUAGGCGAGAGAAGGACGGUUCGCCCGGUCCUCGUAACACCUGGAAGAAUGAGGGCAGAGGCAAAGGUGCUGCCAAAGGAAAGGCACAUACGAGUCCAAGUUCGCAACCUCAAACUAUCGUAUUCGAUGUAUCACAGCCGCUGGACGAUGUGCAGGCUCCUAGAGACGCCGUGAAAUCUACCGCAAUUGCGUUGGUCAAGCAGGACUCUGUCUUCUUGCCUGGUACGACCAUCGGCGCCACUCAUUGGAUUGCGUAUGCUAUGACCAAGGGUCGUGUUCGCGUCAUCUCGCGAUCAAGCGGUGAUCGCACUCUUCUUCAGCUGCCGACGGUCUUUGCACCUGCCACAUCGGUCAUCGAUAUGGCUGUAUACGGCAACAGACUGGCAGGCGUCACCUCCGACGGUGGUUUUGUUGUGUGGGAACUCCCCGAGGUCAUCACGGAUGAUGUGCCCGGGCGACUCUUGUUAUGUAUCGUCCCCAGCGCUGACGCCGACCCUCUACACUCUGUGAAAUGGCACCCCAAGCAACCCGACACUCUGGCAGUGGCAUCUGAGUCCAAAAUGUAUUUACUUGAUUUAGCGGACGCUGCGCGUACUUUCAGAGGAGAGCCCUUGCCGCAAGUUGAAUUGAAUCGUAUUUCUCAAGUAUUUUCUGUGCCAUCGCGCUUGGUCGCGUUUGACUUCGAUGUUCCUCAUUUCGCACUGGCUACUAUUUCCGAGGACUCCACGCUCACGCUGUGGAACGUCCAUGACAAGUUGCCCUUCUGGACCCACCGUGUUCGUGGCGAUGAUGUCCCGUCAUCUUUGACUUUCAUCGAUGAUGGCAUCGUCAUCGGGAGGAGGAACGGUACCAUGUUCCAGCUCCUCUCCGUCAUCACCAAGAACGUCCUCUCCACAUUCAAGUUCGUCAACGGGAACAAAGAAGACCCUGACAUGUUCGGUCACGUCAACUACGACUCCAGAAUCCAGACGCUCUGGGUUGCCAACAACCGCCGCGACAGUCUCAUUGCAUUGCGCAUCGGGUUUGACGUCUCAGCCUCAACCUCGGGCGAGCUCGUUCGCGGUGGCUUCUUCGAACAAGUCGUCGAGUUCUCCGGCCCGAAACCGACUAUCCACUUUGUCAUACUCUCGGCCGACGCAGACCCCACAGGCGACGAAGCGCACGCAGCUUGCGUUGCUGCUAAACUUCCCCCAGGUGACCUCGCUCUCGUCGCGUUCUCCGUGCAUUCCACCGGUGUCGAUCAGGUCUUGAUUAGGAAAGAGUGGUACGAUACGGCUGUGUUGAACGCUCCUGCAAAGUUCCCCCCUUAUAUGCCUGCGGCCCCCGCGGAGGCAAAGGGUACCCGUCACAUGCCUCCAGCGCCGGUGUCCAUCAGUGGGCCUGGGCCUGCACCCGUGACACAGCCGUCUGCGUCCAUCGUCUCCCCUGCUAGAACCAGGACUCCUCCUUCCGAAGAACUCGAGGCUGAUAUCGCCCGCGACGAGGUCCGUGCGCACGAUGCAAAGGGGAAGAAUGUAAGAGGGAAGAACGUCGCGUUUAGGGAUCGAGAACAGGCCAAAGAGGCGGAGAAAUUCAAAGGCGAUGCGGGCGCCAGUAGUGAUACUGGCAUCGCCCUGGUCGUUACGAAGGAGAUCAAGAAGAGCGAAGAGAGCUUGCACACCCGUAUAGGACGGCUCAUCGGAAAAGAGAUGGAUAAGCAACACCAACGGCUUGAAGAAGCGCGCGCCCAUGAGCAGGCUGAGGAUUUCAAUCGACAGGAGAAGAUUCUCAAGUUGAUAUCGACAGAGCUCACGAGGAAUACGACUAGGGUUGUUGAGAUGGCUGUUAAAGCUGAAGUCCAGAACUCGGUGUUACCUGCGCUUGAGCAUAUCACGAGGACUGAAGUUCGAGCUGCUCUCAAUGAGCAUGUUGGAAGGGGGUUGACGGAAUUCAUUCAGAAUAGCCUUCCGAGUGAGAUUGAGAAGCUGCUUCUGCGCCCUGAUAUCUCGAACCAUUUCGCUAGUAUCCUCUCGACGAAUUUGAACCCUCUCAUCGAGCGGUACAUCAAGGACUCUGUUACGAAGAAUAUCAUCCCGACGUACUCUCAGCAGACUUCGGCUAUGCACCAGGAUAUCCUUCGGGAGAUGAGGGCGGAGAUUUUGAAUGUGAAGAAAGAUUCUAUGUCAUGGCAGACUGAAGCUGCGCGGAGUCAGGAGUCUUUGAUCAGGGACCUUGAGCAUUCCGUCAGGAUGUUGUCCGACCAAGUCAAGUUCUUAUCGCUCAACACGGCUGCCAGUCAUCGGAUAGCCAGCAGCGGUUCCCCCGCUCCUAGCGUCUCCAACAUGAGCUCUAUGAGUCAAGGCAUGCACCGCUCUCAGAACCUCCCUCCUCCAACGACGCAGGCUCCGAUGUACAGCAGUCAAUCUCUCGGUUCGUUCUCCCAGCAACCACAGCCGUCGCAAAUGCACGCUACGUGGUAUCCUUCUACGAUUGCUGCGCCUCAAGCGUCUCACCCUAUCGCUCCACCCCAACCCCCUCCACCACCACCAUUGUCUCAGCGCUCUCCCCCUGCUCAGCAUGAUGCAUGGGAAGAUACGUAUAUGGCGGUUCUGGGUACGCAGGAUCCAAAGCAGCUGAGGGAGUUGCUUGCGAGGUCGAGUCCGGAGGUUGUGAUGCCUAUGGAUAGGAAGGGGCCGUUGUCUAUGGCUGUUAUUUUGUCGAUUUUGCAUCGGCUCGCUACUAUAAUCGCGGAGACGCCUCCUGUGGAUGAAGCUUUCAAGUCGUCUUUGUGGUGGAUGCAACGUACAGCUACUGUUUUGAACAUCAACGAACCUCUGAUCGCACCUUACGUCGCGCGAGUAGUCCCCAACGUGAAAGCAACGCUGAACACUACCAAGCAGCGAUUGGCAAUUCUCCCUGGUGGACCCCAGACGAUGGACGCGGCGCGGACUAUUUCUGAGAUUCAGGAUAUUCUGGGUCGGAAAAGUGUGUCUGCGCCGCAGGGGGGUCUUUGAGGGUUGAUGUUGUCUACUGCCCUUUCGCCGGAAAAUAUGAAAAACAUAUGCAAUACACAAUACGCGACGAUGCACAUUCCUUUACUCGAUUUCUUUUCCGCUAGCGACGAUGAAAUGUUACGAAUGCUUUUACAUAGGCUCAUGAAAAUUUCUUUUUCUUACGCAUGUUUUUCUUUUUGUUUGCUGCGCUACGCUGAUUACUGACUGCUCUCGAUAUCAUACAUACUUCGUGCUUUUGUUGUAGUGCAGAUGCUUGAAUCACAUGUCAUGAUAAUUCUCCGAAUAUAAUUGGAUGACAUUCUCAACCCC